AAGUCUUCAUCAGUGGGCAGCAUACAACUAGGCCACUAAACUGAGUCAAUAGCUUUAUUCACUCGGUCAAUUUGACUAUAGAUUAUAGGAGGAGUCAUGUGAAAUAUAAUAUAUUAAUAUCGAAAUUCCAGUUCAUACCGAGAACGAAACUGCUAUUAUAAAGUUUAAAGGGAAGUAGCCGAGAACAGAAAGCAUUACCUAAGUUUCUGUUAAUGGUCUGCGAAAAUACACAAUAUAAUCUUGGAAUUUACCUCCACACUCACAGCUGAAACAUGGUGAAGAUGACCCCACUGUUUAUGUUCCUCGUCCUCUCUGCAACCAAAGAGCUGGUCAGAGGAGGCCAUACGUCUGUUCAUGUCCGGGAGGGAGAGAUGGCAGUGCUCCAGUGCCCACUGCGGACCACCAAGGCAGGGCACAGGGAGGGGAACCUGACCCUGGCAUGGAGAAACCACUCUGGGCCUGGGGAGCUCCAGGAGCCUGCUGUGUGGAGGUCUGAAGACACUCUCAUCAUCCUGAGGGUCUGGACCAACCAACAGGGGUCCUACUCCUGCUCUCUACUCGACGCCAGUGGCCAGCCCCUGAGAACAGCGUGGUUUAACAUCACAGUGUUCUCUGGCCAGUGUUACACAGAUAUGGAUGUGUACGUAUCCACUUGCUAUCUGAGACAGUCCUGUGAAAAGUUAACCUGCACGUCAGACAGCAUCCCACAAAACUUCACAACACAUAAUUAUACGUGGUACAAGAACUGUAACACAGAGUUACCCACUGACUUUGGUGAUGGAUACCUGACGAGUGCUUCUGAGAGUGACAGUGGUUACUAUACCUGCACUUCAUACUACACAUACAACUCUAGCCUCCAUGAUGGACAGGUGUUUACCUUGUCCAGAACCAUGGAGAGGACAGUUAAAAAAGGAAGUUCCCAGGUUAUGCCAAAGAUCAUCAAACCUCAGGAUGGGGAGGUUAUUGAAGUAGAUAUGGAGGUAGUUAUCAAAGUGUUAGUGAAUGUUGUGUUUUCUCCAGGAUCCACUGUGGUGGUGGUCUGCAGUGCUGUCCUGUCCUCUGCAAUUGACCUCUUACACUGGAUGGAAAACAUAUCUUUUGUGGAGAAGAACCAGGAGACCCUACCAGUGUUUUAUAACACUUCAGAAGAGAAUGGCCACCAGCAGGCAUCGCUGGUGAUCAGGCAGGUGUCGGAGGAGCAGCUCAGGAACACAUACACCUGUCAAGUGGAGUCUCCAUCUGGGAACUCCAACGUCUCCAUCACCUUCCAACAGAAGAGUCCACCCCAGUUCCACUUCCUGGUGCUGGGUAUAGUGGGGGUCUUUGCCGUGACGGUGGUGGUGGUGACUGUUGUCUAUGUCAAGCUGAAGGUGGACAUCAUUCUAUUUCUCAGAGAUGAUCUGGGCUGGCGUCAACACAACGUCUCUGAUGGGAAGCGUUACGAUGCCUAUGUGUUGUGUUAUAAGAGUGACACAGAGUCAGGUGUCAGUGAGGAGGACAGGCGUCAGGUGGAGGAGGUGCUGGAAGAGGAGUAUGGUUACAGCCUGUGUCUCUACGACCGUGACGUGCUCCCUGGGGAGGCGGUGGCUGAGGCGGUGCUGGGGUGUAUAGAGCAGAGCCGGAGACUGAUCCUGGUGCCCAGCAGCCUGGGGCUGAACCCAGGGCAGGACAGUCAGUAUAGUCUGCUCACUGGGCUCCAUGCUGCACUGGUGGAACGGCAGACCUGGCUGGUCCUCGUCCAGACAGAGUCAGCCCCAGACAGCCAGGUGGAUCUGGACCUGGACUCCCUCUCUGAGGCCCUGCGGCUGCUGGCCCAGUCAGGACACACCGUCACCUGGAGGGGCUCCCACUCCAAACCCCUCUCCUCACCCUUCUGGAAGGAGCUGCGUUACCGUAUGCCUGCCAGGACCAGACAGUGCCCCCCGAAGGAUGAGAGGACCAUUCUGUGAUUAUAUAGGCUCCAGGGCAGGGUUUGGGUUCAGUCAGUUCACAAAGUAAACUGAAAUUCAAAUUCAAAUGAAAUAAUGGCAUCUAUUUUCAAUGUUUUUGUUUUUUUUACUUCAAAUUGACCCCAACCCUGCUCCGGGGUGAAAUAAAUGCAUCUAACUUGAUUAAUGUGCCAUUUUUACCUAUUUACCUAUAAGAGUUUUGCCUAUAAUAGUUUUCCUUACCCCAGCAACAGAAUGCUGUGGGCUUACCCCAGCAACAGAAUGCUGUGGGCUUACCCCAGCAACAGAAUGCUGUGGGCUUACCCCAGCAACAGAAUGCUGUGGGCUUACCCCAGCAACAGAAUGCUGUGGGCUUACCCCAGCAACAGAAUGCUGUGGGCGUAUACCGGUCAUUAAAAAUAUUAAUGCGACUAGACCGCUGAUUGGCCAGCUCGGCCAAUGAGCCAACAUUAUUACAUCAUGUUCUGUGAGGAAAUAGCAAGAAGUGUAUUUGAGAUAUAAGUUUGAGGUGGGGUUUUUGUGUGUUUUGUUUUCUCAAAUGUAUACAUUGGCCACAAAUACGAGUAUAGGACAUUAUUUGGGUAUGAGUUAAUGGAAUAUGAACUUGUAAAAGUGAGAUUUUCACUGGACAGUUACUUUAAGACCCACUGACAUCCAAAACUACCACGACAUACUCUGCUUGUCCAGUGGACAGAAGACUUGUCUUUCUCGCUCUACCUGUUUCUCUCUGUUACCAGUCGGGGGCCAGACCCCCCCCCCCCCA